AUGGAAGCUUUUCCUAGAGACAUCAACGCGCCCCAGGUGUCAAAUGUGAAUCUUUCGCAGAACUUGAGCCUAUCUAGCUCUCCUUCCACAGCAUUUCCGUCGCAGUCGUCAAGUCUUGGAGGCUCGUCUUUUAUAGGCCGAACAGUUCCCUUGCCCAAUGCAAAGCACUUGAAACCCUUCGCUACCGAGGAUAUUAAAGUCCUUCUUCUAGAAAAUGUGAAUCAAACUGGUCGAGAUAUUCUUGUAAAGCAAGGCUACCAAGUGGAGUUUCUAAAAUCUUCCUUACCUGAGGAUCAACUUAUAGAGAAAAUCCGAGACGUGCAUGUCAUUGGUAUUCGUUCAAAAACGAAACUCACGGCCCGUGUCUUAAAAGAAGCCCGGAACCUAAUAGUUGUUGGCUGUUUUUGUAUUGGAACAAAUCAAGUUGAUCUCCAAUAUGCUGCAGAACACGGCAUUGCAGUCUUCAAUUCUCCGUUCAGUAAUUCUCGUAGCGUUGCUGAGCUAGUUAUAGCCGAGAUUAUUGCUCUUGCUCGCCAGCUUUGUGACCGUUCCAACGAAAUGCAUCAGGGUACCUGGAACAAAGUGAGCAAUAAAUGCUGGGAAAUACGGGGGAAGACUUUGGGAAUAAUUGGAUAUGGCCAUAUCGGUGCACAGCUAUCAGUUCUAGCUGAAGCUAUGGGCAUGUCAGUACUCUUUUAUGAUGUGGUGAAUUUGAUGGCCCUGGGCACUGCUUGCCAAGUGCCGACCUUGGAGAGUCUGUUGUCACAGUCAGAUUUCAUCACAUGCCAUGUACCCGAACUUCCAGAAACCAAAAAUAUGAUAGGGCAGCGCCAGUUCGAGCAAAUGAAGAACGGUAGCUAUUUGAUAAAUGCGAGCCGUGGGAGUGUUGUGGAUAUCCCAGCCUUAAUUCAUGCAGUACGUACUGGGAAGGUUGCUGGUGCUGCGCUUGAUGUUUACCCGAACGAACCGGCUGGCAACGGUGACUAUUUCAAUGUUGACUUGAACCAUUGGGGAACCGAUCUGUGUAACCUCAAGAAUGUGAUUCUCACACCACAUAUCGGAGGUAGUACCGAAGAAGCGCAACGUGCCAUCGGUGUUGAGGUAGGAGAGGCAUUGGUGAGAUAUGUUAAUGAAGGCACAACCUUGGGUGCUGUCAACCUUCCUGAAGUUACUCUUCGCUCCUUGACCAUGGAUGAACCAAAUCAUGCCCGGGUGAUCUAUAUCCACCAAAAUGUUCCGGGAGUUUUGCGAAAAGUGAAUGAGGUCCUCGGAGAUCACAACGUUGAUAAGCAAAUGACUGAUAGCAGAGGCGAUGUCGCCUAUCUUAUGGCUGAUAUUAGUAGUGUCGACAACUCGACUAUUAAAGAUUUAUAUGAAAGACUCGAGAGUCUUUCUUCUCGAAUAAUGACGCGGAUAUUAUACUGA